AGCGUCACCAUGGACAGCACCGCCGACCCCAUGCUUCAGGCUUCGGCCGAGCAGUCUGCCAAGGACUACUACUUUGACUCAUACUCCCACUUUGGCAUCCACGAGGAGAUGAUCAAGGACUCGGUUCGCACGGGCACCUACCGCCGCUCCAUUGUCCAGAAUGAGCAUCUCAUCAAGGACAAGAUUGUUCUUGAUGUCGGCUGCGGUACGGGCAUCCUCAGCAUGUUUGCUGCCCAGGCUGGUGCCAAGCACGUCUAUGCCAUCGACUGCAGCAACAUUGCCAAGCAGGCGCGCCAAAUCGUCAAGGACAACAAGUUUGAUGACCGCAUCACCGUCAUUCAGGGCAAGAUGGAGGAUCUUAAACUGCCCGUUGAUAAGGUUGAUGUUAUCAUCAGCGAGUGGAUGGGUUAUGCCCUGAUUUACGAGAGCAUGCUCAACACGGUGCUCUACGCUCGCGACAAGUACCUGGCCCCGGGCGGUGUCUUGCUCCCUGACAAGGCCACCAUCUUCCUCUCUGGCAUCGAAGACCAGCAGUACAAGGAUGACAAGAUCACCUGGUGGGAGAACGUCUAUGGCUUUGACAUGUCUGCUAUGAAGCGCAUGGCCAUGCUCGAGCCCCUUGUCGACGUGGUGGACCCCCAGCAGAUUGCUACCAGCGACUGCCUUGUCUUGACGAUUGACUUGAACACGGUCACCGUGGACGAUUUGACGUGGGAGGCCGAUUUUGAUAUCGUGUGCAAGCGCGACGAUUACAUUCAUGCCCUGGUCAUGCAUUUCGACAUCGAUUUUGCCCGCUGCCACAAGCCCACUACUUUCUCAACCAGCGCGCGCUCCCAAUACACGCAUUGGAAGCAGACGGUGUUUUACCUGGAGGACGUCCUGACCGUCAAGGCUGGAGAGCGCAUCCGUGGCCACAUCUCGUGCGCUCCCAACCCCAACAACCAUCGCGACCUCAACUUUGAGCUCAGCUACAACUUCAAGGGCGAAGUUUGCUCUGCCACCAACAAGCAGAUCUUCCACAUGCGAUAAGCAGCAUGUGUCAUCUGCCUCAUGGUUUUGUCCAGGUUUUUCUCCCUUGUGGUCCUCCAACAUGUUUGACUUGAUUGUUCGUCUGUAUGCUUCUACCUUGAGCGCUGCAGGCUUCCUGAAUGAGCUUGCUUUUUUUUCUUGCUUUGAACCCGUGCCCUUGUGUAUGUGUAUUCGUGCUUGAUUUCAUCAAUUGUCUGCUUUCUCGUUUGAAGAUGCCUUCAUUGUUGGUUCGGGUGAAUUGGUUGUUUUUCAUGUGUUUGUCACGGUCUCUCGCCGUAGCGCCUCAGUACAUCUUUGAGGCGCAUGGCAGGGUGUGGCCCGCCGCCAUCUGCGACGCGCGUGCAGGGCCCCAGGACCUUGCGGUUGUCCCCGCACAAUUUUCAAUGUCAUACGAUC